GGGGGGGACGCGGGGUCCCGCACGCCCUGACGCCCGCCCCCCUGCAGGUACGCACGCUGCGCAUGCACCUCUUCACCGGGCUGCAGCUGGCGUGCUUGGCCGUGCUCUGGGCCGUCAUGUCCACCGUGGCCUCCCUGGCCUUCCCCUUCAUCCUCAUCCUCACCGUGCCGCUCCGCAUGUGCCUGCUGAGCCGCAUCUUCACCGACCGCGAGAUGAAGUGUCUGGAUGCGGACGAAGCCGAGCCGAUCCUGGACGAACGGGAAGGCGUGGAUGAGUACAACGAGAUGCCGAUGCCGGUUUGAGCAGCCGGGUCCCAGCGCCUCCGGGGCUCCGCCAAAGAGAAGCCGCCCCGCAGCGCAGCCCUCGGCCGCCUCCCGACCGGGCCGUGGGGCGGAGCCCCCCCACCGCAACCCUG